AUGGAUCUCAGCAAGAACUGCGACCAUGGCCUCGCGGAGAUCGAGGCGCUGCUCCGGCGGGAGCAGGAGCUCGUGACGCAACUCCGGGCGCUCAUCCUUCCACAACUCCACAACGUGGAUAGCGGGUCGGCCGAGCUCGCCGUCCAGCUCUUCGACGACGUGAUCGGCUGCAGCACCAGCGUCGUAUCUAAGCUCUUCACUGCUGGAAGUGGAGCGACCACCGAGCUCAUCGACGACAAGUCCUUAGUGAGGAAGAACAGCACUAGUACUGCUGCUGCUAUCGACGACAAGAUGGACGAACAGGCGAGGCCUAGUUGCGUCGUUGGUCGAAAGAGAAGGAGGAACGAUAGCAAGCGAUCAAGAUCACUCGUGACCAAUGUUCCACAUUAUGAUGGUCACCAGUGGAGAAAAUAUGGGCAGAAGAACAUCAACGGAAGGCAACAUGCUAGGAGCUACUACAGAUGCACCUACACAGAACGGAACUGCUCAGCAACUAAGACAGUUCAGCAACAAGAUCAAGAUGGCGGCGGUUCUAUUUAUUCCGCAGACGCUGGUGAGGAUCAGGGUGCAAAGUACACUGUCGUGUACUACGGUGAUCACACAUGCAAGGCGGGCGACAACAUCAGUAACGACAUUAUCGAUCAUCUGCCCAAUCUUGUAGAUAUAGAUCUUCGGAGGGGCGAAACAGAGCGAGUAACGGCAGAAAUUUCAGAGUUCGAGAUGGAAUUAGAUGUGCCGGCUCUGCUAGAGGUGUUAAACAAUUCUCAGCUGAAUUGGGAGAUCGUAUGCUAG